AAUAUUCCUGUCAUGGAAUUUGUCCACUCCAUUUUUUCCAAAAGGCUUCCUUCAUACAUACUAUAAGAGGAGAAGAGCCUUUAACUCUCUCCACCAAAUUCUCAAUCUUUUGGAUCCUCCAAUUAAUCUUCAAUGGCUAGUCGAAAGCAGCUGGAAAUCCAUGCAGGAGAUCAUGCCCCACAGAAAUGGUGCAUCUCAUUAGGAGAAGAGGUCUUCAGGAGAUUCCUCUCCCAGGGAAGUCCAGCUCUGCACAAGGUUUUCAAUGAAGGGUCACUUUUCAGCCCACUCUUGUUCGGAAAAUUCUUUGAUCCUUCUGAUGCUUUCCCUUUAUGGGAGUUUGAGUCAGAUGUCUUGUUGUCUAAUCUCCGGAGCUCCGGCCAAAGCACCGUUGAUUGGGUUCAGACAGAUCAGGAGUAUGUACUGAAAGCAGAGCUACCAGGAGUUGGGAAUAAUGUGCAAGUGUUCGUUGAAAAAGGGAAGGUUGUUGAAGUUAGUGGGCAAUGGAAGCAGCAGCAAAGAGAGUCCAAGACGAAGGACUGGAGAAGUGGGCAGUGGUGGGAAUAUGGGUAUGUUCGGAGGCUUGAGCUGCCAGAAGAUGCAGAUUGGAGGAGAAUGGAGGCAUAUGUGAAUAAUGACUUACUCUUAGAAAUUAGAAUUCCCAAAAACCUUUUGGAUGGUGAUCCUUCUCAAGGAAAUGAUGUGGCUAGUAAAGAUUCUGAAGUUGGUGUAAAUUAGGAUGAGUAAAGCAAACUGCUAAAACUGUUUAACAAUCUUUCUAUGCAAUUAAGAUACAUGACCUAAACUGUGAGACAGUAUAUAAGUGGAUAUACUAAAACCUACCUUUUAUGUCAGAGAUUUGGAAUAGGCCCAAUGAAGGAAUUAAAAAUGCAUCAAACGCUCAAAAAAUGGAUCAAGAUUUUGUUUUUGGUGAAAACACACACUAUGUGCACGACUAUCAUACUAUCAUACAAUUGAAGUGACGUGACACACAACUCAACUCAUCUCUUUGUUAGAAAUGACUUUCCAACACUCUCAAAGAACAGAGGAGAAGAAAUUUCCUCUGUUUUGGUGAGAGUUUUUGUUUUUGUCAAUGGAGAACAGAGGAAAUCUUUUCAAUAUUUUUCUUCCAAUAGAUACCUUCUCCUCAAGUUUACUAUGUUCUCAGUAUACUUCAAACCACCCACAAUGAUGGUUUUG